AACUACUGCCACCUCAGAGACUGCUCCUGAGCCCACAUAUGUUUCUGAAACCACUACCAUCUCAGAGACUACACCUGAGCUCACAAACAUCUCUGAAAUUAUUGCUGUCUUAGAAACUGCAUCUGAGUUUUCAAAAAUUUUCAAAAUCACUGUUACUACAGAGACUGCCUCUAAGCCCUCAAAUGCCUAUGGAACUACUGCUUUUGAUUAUCAGCAUAUGUUAUAUUCAUUAACUAGUUUGGAACUCUGCCAUAAUGAAGUUUUAAAUUAUA